GGAAAUUGGCUUCCUUUUGAUAUGUUUGAAUCGAACUAGUUGAAAGUUGAAAUAAAAUAACACAUAUUCAGUUCACAGUCGGAAAUGAAGGAUUCGUGAAAUUGAAGUCUGUCUUGUUCAUACUCAUGUUUGAAUGCUAGGUGUAGCUUCAGCUUGAAUUACUGCACACGGUGAGUAAGUGACACACUUGCAAUCUAACAGUCAACAAAAUCCCACACACAGCAGGUCACAUGAUCAUGGGGCUCAUCAUGCACGAGGAAAUGGAUUUGAUUUCAGGGCCAUAUGAUCAAACGGGUCUGUUCUCCUACCAUAUCUCAAUCCAUCAUGUCUAGCUCAUAGGAACUCCACAGGGAUCAAAACCCACAUGAAUUCAACCUCCACCCCAAGUUAGCAACCCCCGUUUCUAAUCCAGCAACUUCUUCUACACGCAUCGAUCUUCAUGAUUACAAUUUUAAACUGAUAAAGACUGAAAUUAUUGAAUCAUAAAGGCAUAUAAUUAAUGUGGAAGAUGAAGAACAGAUAGAGAGGAGUAUCACUACCACUCACUGCUCGGUGAUAAGAAUGGUAUACUGUGCAAGAUGUUGCUUGCACAACUCAAUGAGAGCUUUGAAUUUCUUAGUCAAUAUCUUCGGUGUCGGAGUGAUCAUCUACACUCUCUGGCUGCUCAAGAAGUGGCAGGAUGGAGUUACUGAGCUGCUUCCUGUCCCAAUUGUUCCUAAACCAUGGUAUAUUAUUCAACUCUGUAUACCUUACAGAAUUCAUUGCUUCAUGCUUUGUUUACUCUCCUCGAUCUUCAUGAAAAGAAGAGGUUUAUAUAUGCAUGUUUAGGUGUGGGAAUGGCUGUCUGUUUCAGCACACUUUGCAGUUAUCUUGUUGCUCAUUGCAUCACCGAUUCUACUUUUCUUCUCAUGUACAUAGUCUUUGUCUUCUCUCUUCUUUGCCUUGAAGUGGCAGUGGUUGUUGCAAUUUUCUUCAAGAUGAACUGGCCAGCGAAACUUGCAGAGUACAUAGAUGACCCCAGGUUCAAGAAGUUCAUGUUAUUUCAUCUUUACUUGUGUCGUCUCAUUGCGAUUCUAAUAUUGGUACCGCAGAUCAAAUGUGUAGUUUUAGCAAUCAUUCUUUGGGCUAUUGGUACCGAGCCACUGAGUCACUGCAACUAUUCUGAUCAUGUAACUGACUUUAGAUAUUCAUUUCUGGUGAUACCAAGCCCAGCAUCUUUCCUCAAUAUGUCGGGUCGUGGCUCCAGAAAUUAUGAAGCCUUGCCAAGAUCAGAUCAAUGUGAAUAUCGGCCACGGCUGAGUUUUUUCUCACAUAUUAACAGAUUUUUCAGAAUGCAGUUUCAUAGAAGAGUUACACUUAGUUAGAGCAUUAGUACAAACACACUAAUUUGAUCUCCCUAAAUUCCCUGUUGUUUACUCUUCUUCUUUUGUUUUUUUCUUGGUACAUCAUUCUGAUACAAAUUCAACUCUCAUUCUGUUAUACCAUCAAAUGAGUAUGAUGCAUCACUGCAAGUGAAAAUUUGAUGCCUCUUGCAAUCA